AGCGCCCAUGAAUCGACAUAUGCGACAGUGAGUGGAUCGCAUUGAAAAUUAAUAGGCGACAUCUUGGACCCUGCCCCCUUGCUAAGAAACGCCUUCCAAAUGAGCAGCGUAAUCGACUGUAACCUGUGAAAUCAGGAGUUUCCAACUUCUGCUACUUUAUGGUAUUUGCCAUUUAAGCGAACUCGAAUGACAACUCUUAGUGGUUUGCUGGAAACUGUUGUAGCGAAUCUGUACACAUUCAGUUUAGAAAUCAAACAGUAUACCGAUAGCGUUUCUUACGUCCCUUUAUACUUUAACUAAAUAUAUUUAUUCGAAAGGAAAUGUCAAGAAUGCUGAGCAAGGAUCUUCCGGAUAUCGAGAGUAUCCUGGCCCUGAACCCCCGGGUGAAGAGCCAUGCUGAUAUCCACUCCACGGCUUCUAAGAAAGCAGAGAAGAAGUACUGGAAAAGAAAUCCAGAAAAAAGCUGUGACAGCUGCUUGGAUCUGGAGAACAAUUUUGAUGACAUCAAACACACAACUCUGAGUGAGCGAGGAGCACUUCGGGAAGCAAUGAGGUGCCUGAAAUGUGCAGAUGCCCCUUGUCAAAAAAGCUGCCCCACCAACCUGGACAUCAAGUCAUUCAUCACCAGUAUUGCCAACAAGAACUACUAUGGGGCAGCAAAGUCCAUCUUGUCGGAUAACCCCCUGGGCCUGACUUGUGGCAUGGUGUGUCCGACCUCUGACCUCUGUGUGGGAGGCUGUAACCUCUACGCCUCUGAGGAAGGACCGAUCAACAUCGGCGGGCUGCAGCAGUUCGCUACCGAGAUUUUCAGUAAGAUGGGGAUCCCCCAGGUGAGAAAUCCAGCUCUCCCUGCUCCUGACCAGAUGCCUGACAGCUUCCACUCAAAGAUCGCUCUGAUUGGCUGUGGCCCAGCCAGCAUUAGCUGUGCUUCCUUCCUGGCUCGUCUGGGUUAUGAUGACAUUACCAUAUUCGAGAAACAGAAGUGGAUCGGUGGAUUGAGCUCUGCAGAGAUCCCUCAGUUCAGGCUGCCAUACGAGGUAGUGAACUUCGAGGUGGAGCUAAUGAAGGAUUUGGGUGUCAAGGUGGUGUGUGAGAAAGCCUUGGGCCAAGACGGGAUGACUCUCCUUUCUCUGAGAGAGGAAGGUUAUAAAGCUGUCUUUAUCGGCAUUGGUCUUCCCCAGGCUAACAGACAUAAAAUAUUUGAUGGCCUGACCAUCGACCAAGGCUUUUACACCUCCAAGGAUUUCCUGCCGUUGGUUGCCAAAGCAAGCAAAACAGGAAUGUGUAGCUGCAAGUCCUCUCUGCCUGAGCUGUGUGGCACGGUGAUUGUCCUGGGAGCAGGCGAUACAGCGUUUGACUGUGCUACCUCUGCCUUGCGCUGCGGCGCCAAGAGGGUCUUUGUGGUCUUCAGGAAAGGCUUCACCAACAUCAGGGCUGUCCCUGAAGAGAUGGAGCUUGCCAAGGAGGAGAAAUGUGAGUUCAUGCCCUUCCUGUCCCCUCGUGAGGUGACCAUGAAGGCAGGUCGUGUGGCUGGCAUGGAGUUCUGUCGUACAGAGCAAACUGACGAUGGUGAUUGGAUUGAGGACGAGGAUCAGAUCAUACGCCUCAAGGCCAAUUACAUCAUCAGCGCAUUUGGAUCCAUGUUAAACGACCCUAAAGUGAAGGAGGCCCUGGCUCCGGUGCGGUUGAACCGCUGGGGUCUUCCUGAGUUGGACUCGGACAGCAUGCAGACCAGUGAGCCCUGGGCGUUUGCCGGAGGUGACGUAGCAGGCCUGGCCAACACCACGGUUGAGUCGGUCAACGACGGCAAACAAGCCUCCUGGCACAUGCACAAGUAUCUCCAGUAUCUCCAUGGACAGACAGUUCCAAGCGUCCCCCAGCUGCCGCUCUUCUACUGCGCCAUCGACUCUGUGGACAUCAGUGUGGAGAUGUGUGGGAUCAGGUUCCCCAACCCCUUUGGCCUGGCUUCUGCCCCCCCUACCACCAGCACAGCUAUGAUCCGUAGGGCCUUCAUGGAAGGAUGGGGGUUCGCUCUCACCAAGACCUUCUCUCUGGACAAGGACUUGGUGACCAACGUAUCUCCCCGUAUUGUUCGUGGAACCACCUCGGGCCCCUUGUUUGGUCCUGGACAGAGCUCCUUCCUCAACAUUGAGCUCAUCAGUGAGAAGACUGCAGCCUACUGGUGCCAGAGUGUCACUGAGCUCAAAGCUGACUUCCCUGACAAUGUCAUCAUUUCCAGUAUAAUGUGCAGCUACAACAAGGCCGACUGGACAGAGCUUGCCCAGAUGGCAGAGGCCUCAGGAGCCGAUGCCUUGGAGUUGAACUUGUCUUGCCCUCAUGGGAUGGGCGAGAGAGGCAUGGGAUUGGCCUGUGGACAAGAUACAGAGUUGGUGCGUAACAUCUGUCGCUGGGUGAGAAAAGCUGUUCGGAUCCCCUUCUUCGCCAAACUGACCCCCAACGUCACCGACAUUGUGGAUAUAGCCAUGGCAGCACAAGAAGGUGGUGCAGAUGGCGUCACAGCGACCAACACGGUCUCCGGGCUGAUGGGGCUCAGGGCAGACGGCACUCCCUGGCCUGGCGUUGGCCGAGAGAAGAGAACCACAUAUGGCGGUGUGUCUGGAAAUGCCAUCCGACCCAUCACCCUGCGUGCUGUGUCUGCCAUCGCCAGGGCCCUGCCCGGCUUCCCUAUCCUGGCCACAGGGGGCAUUGACUCAGCCGAGUCUGGUCUACAGUUCCUCCACGCUGGAGCUUCCGUCCUGCAGGUGUGCAGUGCAGUACAGAACCAGGACUUCACUCUAAUAGAGGAUUAUUGCCUGGGCCUAAAGGCACUUCUCUACCUCAAGAGCAUCGAUGAGCUACAGGACUGGGACGGCCAGUCUCCUCCCACAAUCCGACACCAGAAGGGCAAACCCGUCCCACGAUUGGAGGGAUUGCUAGGCAAGAGUUUACCCAGCUUUGGGCCCUAUCUGCUUGAGAAGAAGAAAGUUUUGGCUGACUACAAGGAGGCAGUGAGAGACUACGUUGAGAAGACCACAGUAGUGGAGUCCAGUGGCACCAGAACCUACACCGCCAAGAAGCCAAUCCCGGCUGUUAAGGAUGUUAUAGCCGGGGCUCUGAAGUACAUCGGAGCGUAUGGGGACCUGAACAACUCAGAGCAGGUCCAGGCCAUUAUUGACGAGGGAAUGUGUAUCAACUGUGGCAAGUGUUACUUGACCUGCAAUGACUCCGGAUACCAGGCAAUUUCAUUUGACCCUAAGACCCAUUUGCCUAAGGUUAACGACUCCUGCACCGGUUGUACUCUGUGUCUCAGUGUCUGCCCUGUCAUCGACUGCAUCAAAAUGUUUGCCAGGACAACACCAUAUGUGCCCAAAAGAGGCCUCCCUCAAGCCGUCAUGCCUGUAUGCUAAAGCUAAAAGAUGGGGAGAUAAAAAAUAGAUAGAAAAAAGGGAAGGAAUUAAGUCUACAAAUGUUUUAACAUUGAUUCUACUGCUAAUUGUGGUGUGAAUAAAUAUCUAUGUUAUAGAUUAUAGAUUAGUUAUUAUGUUAUUGUGUUACUUAAGACAUGAAAUCAAAACUGAUUUAAUCAGGAGUUUUUGCCAGUUUUCAAUACAAGAACGACAAAAUUAAAAUCUGCAAAUUGUUCAAAAUGUAUUACCAAUAUAAAACAGAAUAUAAUUGAUUACAUAAGUAUUCAUUCCUUUUGCUAUGACACACCUGAAAGAGCUGUGGUAAAACCAACCAUCUUUAGAAGUACUGUAAUCAUGUUCCCCAUGACUUCAGGUUAAAUACACCUUACUCUUGGAAGUCCCACAGCUGGUUAGUGGCACCCCCCCCCCCCCCCCCCCCCCACCAAAACGACAUCAGGGAGACAAUGCAACUUCAGAAUAAGGUUCUACAAAGCACCCAGGUUGGAUAUAAGACUUAUUUUCAAGGCAUUGAAUAUCCCCCGGAGGACAGUGAAGUCCAUUAGAAGAAAUGGAGAGAAUAUGGCACAACCGUUGAAUCGGUCUAGAACAGGCCGUCCUCAAAACCUGAGCAGGCGAGAAGGGCGAUAGUCAGGGAGGCCACCAGGAGGGCUGUAAUAAAGAGUUACAGUCUUCCACGGCUGAGCUGGGACACCCUGUGAAUACUGCACCAAAGCCUGGGUGCCACACGAAAGGGCAUUUCAUGGAAGAGUGGAGGAAAGAAAGCCAUUGUUUAAAAAAAUAAAAACCUCUUAGCUCGAGUUUGACAGAAGGCAUGAGGGAGACUCUGAGAAUGAAGUAGACUCUAAGCCUAACACCACACGUCGUCCUGAGAACACCACGGUGGGGACGCAUGGUGGUGGCAGCAUCAUGCUUUGUCAUGCUUUUCUGUGUCACAGCCUGGAAGGCGUGUGAGGAUAGAGGGCAAAAUAGAUGCGGCGAAGUACAAAGAAAUCCUGAAGAUCUGCUGAAGUCUGCAAGAGACCUGGGAUUUGGGAGAAGUUUUAUCUUCCAGCAGGAAAAUGACCCCAAACAAAAGCCAAACCGGACUUACUUAAAAACUAAAAGGUCUAUAUCCUAGAGAGGCCCAAUCAAAGCCAGGACCACAAUCCAAUUGAGAAUGUGUGGAAAGAGUUGCAAAUGACUGUUCAUCAAAGAUCCCCAUCCAACUUGAUGGAGCUUGAGUAAUUUUGCAAAGAAGAAUGGACAAAAAUUCCUGUGUCAAGAUCUGCAAAGCAGGUAGAGACUUAUCAAGAUGGACUAAUGGCUGUAAUAGCUACCAAAGGUGCCUCUACCAAAUAUUGACUUAAGGGAUGGAAUACUUAUGUAAUCUAUUGUCUCUUUUGUAUUUGUAAUUAAUUUGGACAAUUUGCUGAUGUUAUUUUUCACUUUAACAUUAUAGACUUCUUUGUAUUGAUCUGUUGCAUAAACUACUUAUUAAAUAAUUGUGUUUUUCAUAUUGUAACACAUUAAUAUGUGGAUAAUUUUAAGUGGUGUGAAUACUUUUUAAAGUCACUGUGUAUACAUCAAACUUAUUAUAUUAAAAUAAUCACAUGAGUGGCAAAUCGUAGCAUUAUUUCUGAACAAUGGUGGUGUGGGGCAAUGUGCUGUCGUUUAGUUUGUUUUCUCUCCUCCGUUUAUUCUGUCAAGGCUCUGAUAAUGAGAGUGAAGGGGGGAAGCAAAAUGGAAUGGAAAGGAAGAGAAAAAUAAUGGAUGUUUAUGCAAACGGUGAGGUCUUUAUCUGGCAAACAGACACAAAAACAUUACACUUCUUAACAAGCCCACCAUGGAUGACAGUUGGACCACGAACCCACAGCAUUUAAAAGAGAUGUGAUGUGUUGAGAGGCAUUUUCAGAAGUGCAAGAAGGGGUAAUGAACAGAGAUUAAUAUAUGCUCAUGACAUCCAAGUUUCGACAGACUCAUUUCUGCUCAUACCACAUUAAAAUAAAAUCUGGCCUGUGGCUGCACAAGCAGUCACUUCUCUGCCCUUUUACGUCAAAGCAUCUCUGCUGCAUGAGGAUAUAAGGUUCUUUACAUGUACGAAUCUUGUUCUCUGCAUGUGUUCAUACCUAGCUAGGUACUUCUCACAUUCCUCCUCACUUCACUAUUUAAUUGUGUUUCUCAAUCUCUUAACCCAUUUCCACUGCCUUUACAAGAUCAGUCUGUCAUUGGGAAGAAAAAUAGACAUAUUCCAUGUGUUUUUUGUUUUAUGAAGUAUAGUGGACAGUCACUUUCUUUAGUCAUUUUAUGGACAUUAGGAAUCAGAGGAACACAGGUAUGGUGAAUAAAGAGGUAACAGAGCAAACAUAAUAAAAAACAGGUAGGAAACAUUGGGGAGACAUUAAUAACAUGCGGAGAACAUGGUCUGCAUAUGAGUAGGAGCUUCCAGUCACAUAGCAUGGGAUAUUGAAGGUCAGAGAAAAGCAAGAUCCUUAGCCAUAUUAGCUAAAUUCUUAAAACUAACCAGGUUCCUAAUAUCAGGGGUGUUCAUUAAAUACAAAGAAGUGUGACAAUCAACAACAAUGUAUUUUCCUGCUGAGUUACAAUACACAGCAAUGUUUUCUAAAUCUACUACAGGUAAUGUCUUCCCUUUGCAGCUGUGGUACAUUCUCUCUAUCACAGGUACAGCAUGAGCAUUAAGAACUGCUACCAUAUCAAUAUGUAUUGCAUAUAUAUUUCCAUAUGUAUUUCCAUAUCUAUUACAUACUCAUUGUUUAUGUGUUUGUUUCUAACAGGUCUCUGUCCCAAAGUUAAAUGAUUGAAAUUAAUGAUAUAUGUAAUAAAAAUACAAUAUUCAGUUUUUCUGUGGUUACAUUGAAAGAUACUAAUCUAAUAUGUAAUUUUGUUUAUUUGUUAACAUUGUUCUAUAAAACAAAAUCCCAUCUUUAGAUUUUUCAAAUAUAUAAAAAUGUGUAAAACAGCUGUUGAGAAAUUUGUAAUCUGAUUCAUUUACAUGGGGUUCCAAGGCUUUGGCAAUUCUGAAGUAUCUUUAUCACUUACUAUAUGGUGAUAAAGUAUUGCUGUCUCCUCAGAGCCCAAAACGAAAAAAUGUCAGAGUAUAUAUCUCGUUUCAAAUCAAGUAGUAACCACAAAUUUCAUUACAUUUUAUCAUUUUAUAAACUACAUUUUAUAAUCUGCAUUGUUUUCAGAUUUCUAUGAAGUUUGAGCAAAUAUUAUCGAUAAUAUGUAUAAUACACAUAUAUAAUUGCAUUAUUUUAUUUUCAAUUAUGUAAAAUAAAUGUGCAUAUUAUUAUGAAAUUGUGGUGUAAAUCAAUGGUGGUAUACUUCAUUAAACAUAA